AUGACCAGAAUAUCAAAUGAGGAAAUUAAAUAUUUAUAAGCAAAAUUAUUGUAAAAUAGUUUUUUAGUGUUAAAUCAAAUCUAAUGCUUAAAGAAGAAUUUAUGCAAACCAAGUGGUAUUAUAUUCAUAAUUUGAAGCAAGCAAAAUGUUAUAAUUGUAAAGUGAAUGGAGCAUCAAUAUUUCGAAAGGAAAGAAAUUUUUUUUAGAAGAAAAAUCAAGAGCAAAGAAUGGAAAUCAAUAUAUUUGUACCUAAAAUACUUAAAUAUAAUUAGUUUUUUAAAAAGAUAAAGCAAACUUAAAAUGAAAGAGACACGAUAAAAAUAUAUAAAAAUUUAGACCUUCCAUUUUUUUUGUUUAACAUUAUAAUGAUAACAGUAUUAUUUUAAAUGACUCUUUAGGGCAAUUUUAUAGAUAUACAUUGCAAAAUUAGAUAUUUUAUUGUAAAUAGGUAGAAAUUGUUAACAAAAAUUGUUUUAGGUUCUCUAAGAAGAAGAAUCUAGACAGUAAAUUUAAAAAUAAUAAAUUAAAAUACUAUUGAGUUAGUUCUUUGUGUCUAUCACAAGUUUUGAUCAAUAAAAUUGAAAUAUAAGAGAGAGUAAGGAUUGUAUAAGAAGUUUUAAACAAAUUUCAAGAAACAGCAGCAACAUCCAUAUAUUCAAAGGAGAAUAAAAAAUAGCAUAAACAAUCUGACAAUCACAAAAAAUUUAACAAUCACAAACACAAAACUAUAAAGUAGAAGGAUAGUCUAGACCAAUUUACCAUUUAUAAAUAUAAAGUUAUAAUUAUCGCCAAAACAACCCAGAAUUGUCAAAAUAAGAAUAGACUAAUCAGCUUACAAAAUUGAAAAGUGUUUCAAGUUUGAAAAAUAAAGCAGCCUGAAAAGCAAAGAAAUUUAUUCAGCUAAUUCAAUUGUUAUUUAAGAUAUAUCCACUAUAUUAAUUUCUAACACAUAUAGUCCAUGCAAUAUAGGAGAAUAAGACUAGGACAAUUAAUUGGACAUUGUUAAAACAGAACAUGAACCACC